UACAGAAAGAGGAAGAGACGUUCACCUUGCGCAUUUUGUUCUAAAAGUUUAGCGUGUUCUCAUCGUCUGUCAUCUGAGCGCUGGAGAUCAGACUCAUCAGAGCUCGAAUGGCUCGUCUUCUUCCUCUGAUCGUUCUGCUCAUGAUUCCGGGAGUUUAUAGUGCUGAUGAUGGUUGGGGUGUGACUUACAGCUCUUCACACAUCUGUGCACUGAAGGGAUCAACAGUGACAAUAAAGUGCACUUAUACAUACCCUACUGGACAUAAGAUCACAGAAGUGUUCUGGACCAACAUAGAAAAACCACCUUAUAAUGUGUUUCCAGAUCUGUCUAAGGACUCUAAAUACAGUGAGAGGAUUCAGUAUCUGGGAGAUAAACAGCACAACUGCAGCGUCAGACUGACUGAUGUGAGACACACAGAUUCACACGAGUACUAUUUCAGAUUCAUCACUGAUAAAGAUAAAUGGCUCGGUGCACCUGGAGUGACUCUUGCUGUCACAGAUCUUCAGGUGGAGUCUGAAGGUGAGAGAGUGAUGGAGGGACAUUCAGUGAAUCUGACAUGUAAAAGCAGAUGCAGUCUGACUGACACAUCAACAUUCAUCUGGUUUAGAAACACACAGACAUUAAAUGACACAAACAAGAAACUCAUCCUGCCGUCAGUUAGAAGAGAGAAUGCAGGUGACUAUAGCUGUACUGUACAGGGACACAAUCUCACAUCACCUCCUCAACGUCUCAAUGUCAUCUAUCCUCCAGAUAAACCUGUGAUCUCCAUCAGUUCUUCUGGUGUAAUAGUGGAGGGUGAUUCAGUGAAUCUGACCUGCAGCAGUGAAUCAAAUCCACCUGCAAAUAUCAGCUGGUUUAAAGAGAAUCAAACAUCAUCUGUUGGAUCUGGACAGACGUUCAGCAUCAGUAACUUUAAUUCAAGUCUCAGUGGAUGGUUUUACUGUGUGGCUCAGAAUGAAGUUGGAUCUCAGAGAUCAGAUGCUGUAUCAGUAACAGUGGAUCAUAGUUCUUAUAGGCAUCUACUGUUUGGAAUCGCAUCAGCAUGUGGAGGAUUGUUGGUCAUUGCUAUCAUCAUUGUACUCAGUUGGUUUAUAAUGAGGAAACGAAGAGUUGCAAAAACUGAAGUUGCUGCUUUGAAUCAAGUGAAUCAACAGAGAGUCAGAGGAGAACAGACAACUGCAGGAGAAGCUCCUGAAUCCAGAGAUCCAGAGGAGCUCCAAUACGCUACGGUCCACCAUCAUACCAACGCACAGAUGAGAAGAUCAGAAGAGAAUGAAAACCACUAUGGCAACAUUACAAAUUACAAACCUGAUGCUUCUGUGAGAAUGGCUCGUCUUCUUCCUCUCAUCGUUCUGCUCAUGAUUCCUGGAGUUUGUUGUCAGAAUGGUUGGGGUGUGACUUACAGCUCUUCACACAUCUGUGCACUGAAGGGAUCAACAGUGACAAUACACUGCACUUAUACAUACCCUACUGGAUAUAAGAUCACAGAAGUGCUCUGGACAAACAUAGAAAAACCACCUUAUAAUGUGUUUCCAGAUCUCUCUAAGGACUCUAAAUACAGUGGGAGGAUUCAGUAUCUGGGAGAUAAACAGCACGACUGCAGCGUCAGACUGACUGAUGUGAGACACACAGAUUCACACAAGUACUAUUUCAGAUUCAUCACUCACGUAGAUACUGGGAAAUGGCUCGGUGCACCUGGAGUGACUCUUGAUGUCACAGAUAAUCCUGUAAUCUCCAUAAAUUCUUCUGGUGUAAUAGUGGAGGGUGAUUCAGUGAAUCUGACCUGCAGCAGUGAAUCAAAUCCACCUGUUCACAACUACAGCUGGUUUAAAGAAGAAACAUUUGUAGGAUCUGGAAACAUCUACAUCAUCUCAAACAUCAGAUCUGAUCACAGUGGACAAUACAAGUGCAAGACCCGACAUACAUGUGGAGAGAAAUAUUCUGAUUCUGUGACACUAAAUGUUUUGUAUCCUCCCAAGAACGUCUCAGCAUCCAUCAGUUCUUCUGGUGUAAUAGUGGAGGGUGAUUCAGUGAAUCUGACCUGCAGCAGUGAAUCAAAUCCACCUGUUCACAUCUACAGCUGGUUUAAAGAAGAAACAUUUGUAGGAUCUGUAAACAUCUACAUCAUCUCAAAAAUCAGAUCUGAUCACAGUGGACAAUACAAGUGCAAAGCUGAAAAUGGACUUGGACAGAAAUAUUCAGCAGUGACUUUAAAUGUUUUAUAUCCUCCAAGGAACGUCUCAGCAUCCAUCAGUUCUUCUGGUGUAAUAGUGGAGGGUGAUUCAGUGAAUCUGACCUGCAGCAGUGAAUCAAAUCCACCUGCAAAUAUCAGCUGGUUUAAAGAGACUCAAACAUCAUCUGUUGGAUCUGGACAGACGUUCAGCAUCAGUAACUUUAAUUCAAGACUCAGUGGAUGGUUUUACUGUGAGGCUCAGAAUGAAGUCGGAUCUCAGAGAUCAGAUGCUGUAUCAGUAACAGUGGAUCAUAGUUCUUAUAGGAAUCUGCUGUUUGGAAUCACAUUAGCAUGUGGAGGAUUGUUGGUCAUCGCCAUCAUUAUUGUACUCAUUUGGUUUAUGAUGAGGAAACGAGGAGUUGCAAAAACUGAAGAUGCUGCUUUGAAUCAAGUGAAUCAACAGGAUGACCUGUACUCUGCCGUGAAACAUGUUGAUCUUGCUUCGGAAUCGGCCGGUUGUGAUGAUGUACAGUAUGAAUGUGUUAAACCUCAGAGAGUCAGAGGAGAACAGACAACUGCAGGAGAAGCUCCUGAAUCCAGAGAUCCAGAGGAGCUCCAAUACGCUACGGUCCACCAUCAUAGCAACGCACAGAUGAGAAGAUCAGAAGAGAAUGAAAACCACUACGGCAACAUUACAAAUUACAAACCUGAUGCUUCUGUGAGGUCAAAUGUAGAGGACACCUCAGUGAUCUACAGCAGUGUGAAAUAAAGGUUGUUCAGACGUCACUUUGGAUUAGUGAAAAUUAUAGAAAUAAUUCACCAGUAACGACCAAUUCUCAAUACGUAACUAAUACAAGGUGGCUUUAUUUGUAUAAUCUCAUUCAUACCUGUAGUACGAUUUGCCUUCAGACCAGAGACGGUUCAACACAAUCUUUUACCAGGUGGCUAAUUCGUUUGAAUUGGUACAAUGUUAUUUUUAUGUGUUAGCAUGUUUCUGUGUCAUGCCAGUUGCAGUUUAGGAGUGGGGUUAGGGGCUUCAGUAUUGCUUCUUUUUAUAAUCGUAUGAUUUAGUCCGCUCAGAAAAUAGUUAUGCAUUCCAGUGAACUCAGAUUGCUUGUCUAGGUUUAGGGGAGGAGCUUCAGUAUAGAUAUUUCAAAUAAUCUUAUGUUUUUGUAAAAUUUACAUUGUAGCUUUGCUGAGUAAAGUUUGUCAAUUAUUUGCUGUUCACAUGGCUGUUUGCACACAUUUACGGUUUACUGAACCUGUUACUCCACUGGCAGAUGCAUAUUGUGAAAAAAUGUUUUAGGCAACUUCCUUUUUAUUAUUUCAAAAUUUUAUGUAAAUGUGUAUUUUCAUAUGUUCUUCUCAAUUUUACAUUGUUUUAACGCAGUUUACUUAGUUACUGUUGUAAAGAGAUAUAUGUCACGGUCCUGUCUCUUCUUGUCAUGAUUUUCAAGUCUUGUGGCAGGAUCAUGAUCGACCCACAUGUUUAAUGUGGAGAGGAGCAUGGCAUUGUUCUGUUUUGACUUGUCAUGAAUUCUUUUGGCCCCUCCCCGUUGUUUCUCCAUUAACGUCCCAUUAGUGUUUCAUUCACCUCACCUCCCCUGUGUAAUCUUCCCGUUAGUUUCCCGUUCAUUAUGCUUUUCUCGCCUACCUGAAUCAUGUCACCUUUUGUAUUACUCUGUUCCUGUUCACAUUGUACCUGUUUACCAUUCCCUAGUUGCGUUUCAGACUUAUUAUUUAGAUUCUUGAACAUUGUUUGUUUUGUUCCCCUUGUGGGAAGAUUUCUUCUUUAGUUAUUCGUGUUUUCCCCAUCGUGGGUUUUUAUUUUAUUUAAUAAAAGUAUUUUUUUGUCAACCCUUCGUCAACCUGCGCCUGGGUUCUGCCUUACAAAACCUGACAGAUAUCAUAAUAAUUAAAAUAAAGACGAAUUUAAAUACA